UUGACCUCCUUAACUAUAUUUACGUGAUAAAGGAAAAUAUUUAAAAGUGACAACAAAUUGAAUUUGUUUCGUUUGUGUUUUUGUUUCUCGGUUAACGUUUGUUAUCAAAACAUACGUAAUGUCUGAGAAAGAGGGAAAUGAAUAUGUUGCAACUGAAAUUAUUGGCAAAUCUGACGAAAUGGGAGAAAAUUUAACAAGUGAAGAUGUGCCUGCCAGUCUUGAAACAAUUCCGUCUGAUACACCAUUAGUUCGAAAUGGUGUUCAAAUUACUCCUAAGGAUAAAGCAAAAAUCGACAUUUUGUUAAAAGCAACUGGAAAUGCACCAAUAAUGAAACAAAAGAAAUGGUCUGUCAGUCAAGAUUAUUGCAUUGGUCGUAUUUCUGAUUUUAUCAGAAGAUAUCUUAAAUUAGAUGCUAAUGAAAAAUUGUUUUUAUAUGUAAAUCAAACAUUCGCGCCUGCACCAGAUCAAGUAGUGAAAAAUUUAUAUGAUUGCUAUGGUGCAGAUGGAAAAUUAAUCCUUCACUAUUGUAAGAGCCAAGCUUGGGGUUAAGCUUUAAUUAAGAAUAUAUAUAAUAAUUUCACAGAAUAUUGCACGAAUGUAUUAUAUACAUUUUAGUAUGUUUACUGUCUUCUAAACUUUGUUAGAUAUUA